UGUAAAGGAUGCAGGACACAGCUUUUUGGACGAUACACUUUUUAUUUAACACCCAAAGACAUGUUCUCUUCCCUAUCUUAAAAAUCUAUAAAACCAACACACGUCUUUAGAAUCUGGAGUAUUGUUCCCCGCAGAAGGAAGGAUGAUUUUCUUGGCCACUUUCUUUGUCCUGUCUGCGGUAUGGCCCAGCGCUUUGUCAGUGACACGGUACUCCAUUGAGGAGGAGAUGGAAAGUGGUUCCGUUGUGGCUAAUCUCGCUACGGAUUUGGGACUUGAGCCUGGAGGUUUGGCACAGCGAGAGGUAAAACUUGAUAUUUUUCAUAGCAAAAAAUAUCUAGAUGUCAAUAAAAAGACGGGUGAGUUGUAUAUCGUCGAAAAGAUGGACAGAGAAAAUCUUUGUUUGGCAAAAACAACCUGUUUUCUAAAGCUUGAUGUUAUCAUAGAAAGCCCCUUGCGCAUCUUCAACAUUGAACUUGGAAUAACGGAUAUAAACGAUAAUGCUCCACAUUUUCGACGAGACAGAGUAGAGCUCGACGUUUCAGAAUCAGCAACACCGGGAGAGAGAUUUUCUCUGCCCAACGGUGUGGAUCCAGAUGUUGGCAAAAAUACAAUUAAAACAUACAAACUCAGUGUCAGUGAACAUUUCACCAUCGAAAUUCAGACGGGCAGUGAUGGAACUCAAUAUGUUGAUUUGGUGUUGACUAAAUCUUUAGACAGAGAGGAAAAGGCUGUUCAUAAUUUAAUACUGACUGCUGUGGACGGAGGGGUCCCUGUGCGCUCCGGCACUGCCAAUAUUAUUGUUAGAGUACAAGACACAAACGACAAUCCUCCUCAAUUUGACAGGCAGACUUACACAAUAAAUAUGACAGAAAAUUCCCCGAUUGGAUCCUUAGUGAUGAAGCUCAACGCCACAGAUCUUGACGAGGGUCUGAAUUCAGAGAUCGUCUACUCAUUCACCCUUUACACGUCAGAAAAAACACAAGAUGUAUUUGCAUUGAAUCCUAACACAGGGGAGUUAACUGUGAAGGGUACUAUUGACUAUGAAGAUAUGACAUUUUAUGAGAUGCACAUUGAGGCAAGAGACAAAGGGACGCAUCCCUUGCUGGGACAAUGUAAAGUAGUCGUCCACGUGACAGAUAUGAAUGACAAUUAUCCUGAAAUUACCAUACAGUCUGUAAAAAACACGGUGGAUGAGAACAUCCCCGUGGGAAGUGUCAUUGCUCUGGUAGGUUUGAGUGACAGAGACACCGGUGAUAAUGGAAACGUAAGCUUAUCCAUACAUCAGCACAUGCCUUUUAUUCUUAAUAAGUCAUCUGAUAGACCCCUGCAUUACAAGCUCAUAGUGUCUGAACCGUUGGAUCGUGAAUCAGUACCUGAAUAUGACAUUAUACUGAUUGUGAGAGAUGCAGGAACACCGCCUUUAUCUGAUAACGAAACAAUAACAGUGCAUUUAUUGGAUGUUAAUGACAAUGCACCACAGUUCCCUCUGUCAUUUUAUAAUAUACGUGUGGAGGAGAAUAACGCUCCUGGAGCCCUGAUCAGUUCCCUAUCUGCAUUUGACCCUGACCUGCAUGAAAAUCAGUAUCUAGUUUAUUUCAUCCUAGAGAGGGAGAUAGCCAACACCUCCAUGUCCAUGCUGUUCUCCAUCAACCCAGAGAACGGGAAUCUUUACGCACUUAAAACGUUUGACUAUGGACCGUGCCGAGUCCACAUUCUGAGAAAAUUCACCCAGAUCAAGUAA